AGCAGGGAUGUGCUCUCACCCCGCCCCCGCAUGUCUAAAACUCUGGCCCGCCACAACUUCACAACACUCGGAAUUUGCCAUCCCUUCUUUAGUGAUUCUAGUGCGGGGUGAUUAGACCCUCGAUGCAGAACAUUAUCUUGGGCUGUGGCUUUCCAAGUUCAAGCCGUUUACCCAACUCAGCCGUCAAAAUCUGCUUCUCAAGACGGGCCAAUUCCCUCCACGAUUUUACCACUCUCCAGAACCGCUCCCCCCUCCCUUCCUCAUACGCACCACGACACAACCGCACGCCCUACGACAAUGUCCUCCCCGAAGCCAUUCACGGUGCGCAUCGGCACGCGGCGCUCUGCCCUGGCGCUGCGGCAAACGGACCUGAUCAUGGAGGCGCUCAAGCGGGCGCAUCCGCAUCUCACCUUUGAGGUGCACGCGAUGGCGACCAUGGGGGACCGCGACAAGACGACGCCCCUGCCGGCGCUCGGCAAGGGCCUGUGGACGUCGGAGCUGGAAGCCAAGCUCGCCUCGCGCGAGGUCGACGUUAUUGUGCACUGCCUCAAGGACAUGCCGACGACCCUGCCCGAGGGGAUGGUGCUCGGCGUCGUGACGGAGCGCGAGGACCCGCGCGACGUGGUUGUCUUCAGCGCGCGCCAUGCCGGCAGGUACGAGAGGCUGGCGGACCUGCCCGACGGCGCCAUCAUAGGCACCAGCAGCGUCCGGCGUGCCGCGCAGCUGAGAAGGAGAUACCCCCGGCUGGUCUUCCGGGACGUGCGCGGCAACAUCGAGACGAGGCUUAGGAAGUGCGACGAGGAGGACUACGAUGCUAUCAUCCUCGCCGCGGCCGGGUUGCUGAGGAUGAAUUAUGGGGAAAGGAUUGCGCAGUUCCUCGACUCGGGCACCGAGGGAGGCGGCUUGUUGCAUGCGGUGGGGCAGGGCGCGCUGGGGUUGGAGGUGCGCGAGGGGGAUCAAACCAUGCUGGAGCUGUUGGAGGCGGUCAGGCAUGUUCCGACCGAGAUAGCGUGCUAUGCGGAGCGGAGCGUCAUGCGCACUUUGGAAGGCGGCUGCAGUGUGCCGAUAGGUGUCGAGACGGCGUGGGUGGAGGAAGAUGGAAAGAAGAAAUUAAGGUUAAGGGCGGUGGUCGUCAGCUUGGAUGGUAACAGUGCUGUUGACGGGGAGAGUGUUCAGGAAGUCACGUCCCUGAGGGAAGCAGAGGACAUGGGCAAGAGGCUGGCUGAGAAGCUUGCGUCUAUAGGGGCGCAGAAGAUUUUGGACGAGAUUAACAAGGGGAGAGAAUCAGGGGCGGCUCUUAAGGUUAGCGACGCCUAAGGUAUGAGGAGGAUCGGUAUACGAUAUGACCUAGAGAAUAGACGAAUAGACCUGCGAUGAAUUGGCC